AAAUUAGAAGGGGUGAGAGAAUUUCGGCAGGCAAGAAAAUGGCCUUAACUAAAUCCCCCUCUUCUAAUUUCCUCCCGUGAUCAAACCGCCAUUAAAAAAAAACGUGAUCAUUGACAGCUGCCUUGAAGGACACAAAUAAACAUUGCUUUCUGCUUCUUAGAUCAGUGGCUAAACUGACAACGGAGUGAAGAGCAUAAAUCUCAACUAGCAAGCAAGUCGCAGCAAUGAAGAAUUGAGUGUGUGCUAGUUCACGCGAAGGGGGUGAAAUUCUGUCAGGGGGGAGAUUUUUGGCACGACGCCGGUCUCUCAGGCAGCCUCACGGUCUGAGAGGGUGGGAGAUCCGAGGAUCUGAACCCGAGGUAGAAGCCACCGGAGAGGGAGACAGAACCGAGCACAAAGACGCAGGUACCUCCGGAUCCGAUCUUGAAUGUGAAGCCCCCAAGGAAGAAGGCGCCGGAACCUCUGGAUCCAGGACGGCAAAGCUGUUUCUGGUCUGUCAGAUCCGGGUUCAACAUCUCCAUGGAGACCCCCGUUGGCAGAGGACGCUUUCUUCGACUUCCACGGCGAGUGACGUACAUCCAUAGCUGGUUGGGUGGGUCGAGAACGGCUCCGUUCUCCAGGGAAGGGGGAGACCCCUUCUGGGAUGGAACCCUGCUGAGCACCGGCCAGUCGUCUGUAGAGAGCCGACACGGCGGCGAAAAUUCCACCAGACCAGUGCCGCGUUCGGCAACUGGGUUGGAAGAAAAAUAAAAACUAACGGGCGUGUGUUCCCCAGUAGCUUGUGUAUGUUUGCUACUUGCUUGUUAGGAGUAGCCACGUCGCUCCUGCAGUCCUCCACAAGCAAGCAGUUGCUACAUUGAAAGUCGGCGCGGUCCACAUUGACCCGGAACAAAGCAAAGUAAAUACGGUUCCCGCAGCGCUAGAAACGUUCAAUAGUGGCCUGCAUUUGAUACCUCCGAGCCAGCUACCGCAGUAUCUCUCCCCCUAUGCGGACUGGCAGUUAAAUUGAUUUCUAAUGUAACUGCGCACUGUUGAAGUUGGUGGAUCAGACAAUCUACUAAUGGGGUGCGUUUUCACAUGUUACGGUCAAUUCGGAGGAGUUCACGCUAUGGAGAGUGGAACGAACGGAAACAUCUCUUCCCAGCUUCACCUGAACAACCGCAUUAACGCGAAUGACAGGGUUGACACCUAUGGGUUUGAGAGGCCUGAGGGUUAUGAAUCCUAUGAGGAGAUGAUGGCUCAAUAUGUAGCCGUUCUCAACAGGCAGUCUGCCAAGUGGUCCAAACUCCUGCAGGGGAAAGUCAACGUGGAAAAUAACCAGAAGGUGAAGCGGUACGUGCGUAAGGGUGUGCCCAACGAGCACCGAGCCCAGAUCUGGAUGGCAGCCAGCGGUGCCCAGGAACACCUGGAGAAGAACCCGGGGUACUACCACUCUCUGCUGGGCACCGAGCAGCAGCACGACGCCAAGCUGGAGGAGACAGUCCGCAUAGACAUGCACAGGACAUUCCCCGAAAACGUGCAGUUCCGGAAGAGCUCUGAGCCCUGUCUGCAGAAGGCCCUGUACAAUGUGCUGCUGGCAUACGGACACCACAACCAUGUUGUGGGAUACUGCCAGGGUAUGAAUUUCAUUGCAGGCUACCUCAUCAUCAUCACUAAGGAUGAAGAGAAGUCCUUCUGGCUGAUGGAUGCUUUAUUGGGAAGAAUACUCCCCGACUACUACAGCCCGGCCAUGCUGGGGUUGAAGACGGACCAGGAGGUGUUGGGGGAGCUGGUAAGGGUCAAAGCCCCAGCCGUGUGGCAGGCCAUGGUCCAACACAACGUCAUGUGGACCUUGGUGGUCUCCCAAUGGUUCAUCUGCCUCUACAUCGACGUCCUGCCUGUAGAGACAGUUCUGCGGAUCUGGGAUUGCCUGUUUUACGAGGGUUCUAAGGUCCUGUUCCGCGUGGCCUUAACUCUGAUUCGCCACCACCAGGCUGAGAUCCUGCAGGCCCGCUCCAUGGUCGAGGUGUGUGAGAGCUUCAAACUGAUCACCCAGGGAGCCUUUACAUACGACUGCCACACCUUCAUGCAGGAAAUCUUCAGGGAACCAGGAAGUCUCUCCAUGGCAACCAUCACUAAGCUGCGGGAGACGUACAGAGAGCGUAUCGUGGCGGAGGAGACCAGACUCUGCCCCUGACCACCAUUAAUAACCUGCCUAAAGCAAUCGCCUUGCGGUUCGCCUGGCCGUGUUCCAGGUCAUUUUUGUUGCCCUGACGCUAAACAGAUUAUUAGAUCUCACAAUCCCUGGGGAAAUGUGUAAUAUCUCAGGAACCAUAUGAUGACAUCUGAGGUGCUAAAAUGGUCUGAGCGAUUGUAGUACCCCAUCUAACUAAAUAUUAUUUAUUUGUUCUCAGGUAGCAAUUCUUUGCAUUGUAAAAAGCUACCUGUAAUUUUCCUGUGGUAGGAUCUUGGAAACAAUAGGUUGGGGUAUGUCAGAGUGGAGGUUGUUUUUAUAUAUAUUUUUAUGAACCUUUUAUUUAGUCCAGUUAAGAACAAAUUAUUAUUUUAUAAUGGCAGAUUUUUACCAUGUCAGCUCGGGGAUUUGAUCCCGCAAACUUUCGUUUACUGUCCCAACGCUCUAACCACUAGGCUACGUGCCACCCCAAUAUGUAAGCAUAGGCUUGUUGGGUUGAAGAUAAUGAGGUGUCACCUCUGAAAUGAAGUCACGGGCUGUAGUCCACUCCCCCACGAAGUGUAGAAUCAUUCACUCCCACCCAGGAAUCGUCUGGGAAAAUAAAUUCCAGCCUAUACUUACACCAUCCAAAUGCUUUUAAUACAUGAACAAGUACAUCCUUAGGCCCGAAUCCUAACUUGAUCUGUGCAUGUAUGUUUCUGCGCUAAUCUUCCAUUGAAUGCAUGAAUUAUGCUUAUGCAAUCAUACCUCUAUAGAUUUUGACUUUAGGGUAUAAGGUUUUGGAAUUGGACCUUUUUACUGUUUUGCCACAAUAAAGAACUGCUCUCUCACUGUCA